AUGGCGCCCUCAAGACCAUUGAAACGCCAGAAAACGAAUCCGAGGGAAGAACCUCAGUUGUCUCAAGGGCAGCCUGCGGACGUCCCUCUGCCGGCAAACACGCCGCCAGCUACCUCGACAGCGAAACCUUCAACCUCGCCGCCGAAUGAACCACGAUCGUCCUGGAUCAGCCGAACAUGGCCUCGCAAGGCUCCACUUCUUACAGAAAUGGCGAAAGAGAGUGUCUCAUCCACAUCUAAUACGACUCCGGAGACCGUAUCUAUUAUACAGGACAAACCAAGAAGCCAAAGAUCACCUUCUUUGGCAAUGACCCUUGGAAAGUCUGCAUCCAGCCGAUCACUCCCCGCCAACGCUGCCACCACCAUUGUCAACGCCACCCCAGAAGCUGCAACACCGCCUGGAAAGAGAAAACCUCAAUCGGAGCUGUCCGGGAAGACGAAAGAGGAGGCCCUGGCCGAUAAAUCGGAACAAGCCUUUGAAAAGAAAGAUCCGAAUCAGCCCGUUUCCAAGGAUGUACCCCAAGUCAAACGGCCUUGCGCAACGUCUAAUCAACCACAAGGAUCGCCGGGUAAUUGGCUAAACUGGUUAUCCAAAAAAGAGAGUUCCGUAUCUAAACCACCAGCCGAACAAGCACCUCAAACUUCUCCCGCUGAGAUUCCCGCGGCAACACCCAACGUCACAAAUGGAAACCCCCCGACUGAAGGAAGCGAACCGGUGAAAGAUCCUCCCUCGACGCCAAGUAAUAAGCGAAGCUGGUACCAAAUGUGGACCAGUGAUAUUCCUAGUAAACCGGCAAAGAAAGAUGAAAAGAAAGAAGAGCCUCCAUCAGGACCCUCAGCUCCCAACAUGACCGAAAUCCUCGAGCCGGCGAAGAAACAAACCAAGAAUCUUGAUAUUCCCGCUCCUAGUACUCCUAAAUCAAAAUCAACAUCCCAAGCAUCGUCGCUGGAGACGUCACCGCCCCCACCACUCCCUGGGGAUGGUACCAAGUCGUCGGGCUGGGUCUUCUGGUCCCGAGACAAGAAAGGCUCGUCAACCAAGACAGAGGACGAGCCGCAUGUCGGUGAGAUAGCAAUCUCGGAUACGCCGUCGCAGGGUAGACCUAAACGAGCAUCAAUCAGUCUACAAGAUUCAGCGGCAAAGCCGGUCUUGAAAUCUGCAGAGCAAGAGGAGCAGAGCAAAAAACCUAGUGUUCAGAAAUCUGCCGGGCACGAGGAGCAGAACAAAAAGUCUAGUGUUCAGAAACCUGCGACAAACAAACAGGCCGCAAGUGAGCAAGAGCCAAUACCCAAACCACUGAAGAAAGCUUCGACAAAGCAGGAUAGCUCCAUGGCCAAGGUUGGGUCGUCUACUGCCGUAGCCGUUGCAAGAGAGCCGGUAGAGGUCGAAACUCCGCGGACUGCGUCUCCUGCGCCAGUGAAGAAGGAAACAUCGAAUCUCCUCCUACCACACCUCAAAGACACUCUCAGUCCGGAAGAGCAUCCUUCCAUAUUGCAACAGCUCGCGAGACUCCUGUAUUAUACCAAAGAGCCGGAGCUCAAACACCUUUCGGUCGUCAAAGAGCCUCCGCGGAUAAAGAAUGCACUGGCCAUCGGAGUCCACGGUUAUUUCCCCGCUCCACUGAUCCGAACAGUGAUCGGCCAACCCACUGGAACAUCCAUCAAAUUUGCGGACAUGGCGGCGAAGUGUAUCAGAAAGUGGACAAGAAGCCGCGGGUAUGACUGUGAGGUCAAAAGUGCAGCUCUUGAAGGUGAAGGCCGGAUCGCCGAACGAGUUGAGCUGCUGUGGAAGUUGUUACUCAACUGGAUUGACGAGAUCCGCAAAUCAGAUUUUGUCAUGAUUGCAUGUCACAGCCAAGGGGUCCCUGUGGCCAUCAUGCUGGUGGCCAAGCUUAUCCAAUUUGGAUGCAUCAAUGGGGCACGGGUGGGUAUCUGCGCCAUGGCCGGAGUUAACAUGGGACCCUUUCAAGAGUACAAGUCCCGCUGGAUUAGUGGCUCAGCGGGCGAGCUCUUCGAGUUUUCCGAUCCGGAUAGCAAGGUGUCGACGGAUUAUCUGGCCGCCAUCGAAGUGGCCUUGAAGUUUGGUGUCCGACUCACAUAUAUUGGCAGUAUUGACGACCAGCUGGUGCCCAUGGAGUCGUCGAUCUUUGCGCCUAUUACUCAUCCCCACAUAUACAGAGCCGUUCUGAUUGACUCUCGGAUUCAUGCCCCCAACUUUUUGUCGCACCUGGUGGGAUUUGUAUUGAAAUUACGCAAUGUGGGCGUACCCGACCAUGGACUCAUCAAAGAAUUGUCGUUACCUUUGGCCGGGAGUCUGUAUACGGGAGAAGGGCACUCACGCAUAUACGAGGACGAUGCGGUUUAUGACCUGGCAAUUGCCUUUGCACUGGAAACCAGUGCUCUUAAAGACGUCCCCAUCACAAAAAGACGGACCACUGGCACGGUAGCGAAUCCUUACAUUCUCCCUUUUGCGAUGCGCGGAAUCUUAGAAGAAGACUAUGUGAAGAAAGAACUCCAGAACGAAGCCCGAGAAUUAUUGGCCCAGUUUGAUGAUUGGAAACCGACGACCAGGGCGCUCAAGGAUGUGAAAUUUCGACUAGAGGGGAUCAGAUCAAAGUUAUAG